AUGAAUGAUGAUGAAGAUAAUCGAGGUGGGGCAUAUGAGGACAUGGAACACAAUGAAGCAUCUAACGAUGAAUUAAAGAGUUCUAUUGAUGACAAUAAAGAUGGCAGCAGUGAUGACAGUGUUGUGACCAAUCUUUCCGAGGGUAACAGAGAAGAACUAUAUAUCUUAGGGGACUUAGAAAUUGAUGAAGGGAGAAGAGAUGUUAUGCAAACAGAGGUUGGUGAAACUGAGUCACAGAAUUUAAAAGAUAAUUUAGACUUUAUGAUUGGGUAUGAUAAUGCUGACAAUGAUGGUGAGGCAAGUGAGGAAAGUAGCAAUGAAGAAGAAGGUAUGAGUGAGGGUGAAGAGGAAUGUAGUGAUGAUGGUGAAGAAGGUAGUACUUCUACUGAUGAAGGUUCUUAUUACAAUGACUUAGAAGAUGAACUAAGUAGUGAUGAGGGUUCUGAUGGUAAGGGGUACAAAGAGGAGUUUGAUAGGCCUAUCAAUGAGGUUAGAGGGCCUAUUGAUGAGAGUAGGCCUAUAUUUAUGUUGGGUAUGACUAUAAUGACAAUGUGA